AUGGGAGAUGAUGGUUCCUACAAGCCUAAGACCAUGGUUGAAACUUUGUCAGAUACCACCAAUCUUGAUUUCUCUGUCAUGGAUGAUCUCUUGUAUGAUGGAUUCUGGUUAGAGACUACUGAUGAAUCCAACUUCUGGCAGCCCUGCCCCACUGCUCCUACUGAUUUGAACCCUUCUUUCUUCUUCCCUUCUUCAGACACUAGUUUCAACACAAAUCCAGUUACUACUUUCUUCAAAGAAACCGAAAAACCAAGCAUCCCACCUUUUACUUUCCCAGGAAUGGAUGACUUGUCUGGAAAUCGAGCCCCCAUCCCUUCGGUUUCCUUGGGCCAAUCCACUGAUUUCCUGUUUGAAGAAACUCAAGUGAGCAAGAGGCUGUGGGUGGCGCCAACCAGGAACCGAAUCCGAUCUGUCUCCGUGAAGAAGAAGCUGGUGCAGGCGGUUGAUCACCUCAAGAAAUCUAUAAGAGAGAGUGAUGUCCUCGUUCAAAUCUGGGUUCCUGUUAAGAGAGGAGGCAAGCAAGUCCUCACAACUAAUAACCAGCCAUUCUCACUCAAUUCCAACUGCAAAAACCUUGCAGAAUAUAGGGAUGCUUCCGUGAGCUAUCACUUUCCAGCAGAUGAGGACUCGAAGGAGCCCGCUGGGUUGCCUGGUCGCGUCUUCUUGAAGAAGCUUCCUGAUUGGACCCCGGAUGUUCAGUUCUUUAAACGAGAGGAGUACCCCCGGAAGAGUCAUGCUCAGAUGUGUGAUGUUAGAGGAUCACUCGCACUUCCAGUUUUUGAACGCGGUAGUGGCAAGUGCUUGGGGGUGGUUGAAAUCGUCACAACCAGUCGCAAGGUCAACUGUCGCCCUGAUAUUGAGACUGUCUGCAAAGCUCUAGAGGCUGUUGAUUUGAAGAGUUCUGAUAUAUUGGAACAAAGUCCACCCAAUAUGGAGGAGUCGUACCAAUUUGUGCUGAUGGAGAUCGGGAAUGUGCUGAGAUGUGUAUGCGACACACAUAAGCUGCCAUUGGCACAGACAUGGGCUCCGUGUGUUCAACAAGGAAAAGGAGGUUGCCGGCACUCAGACGAGAACUACACACAUUGUGUGUCGACACUGGACUCCGCCUGCUAUGUUGCUGAUCAAGAGGUUUCAGGCUUCCAUGAGGCCUGCUCUGAGUAUCACUUACUCAAAGGUGAAGGCAUUGCUGGGAAAGCUUUCCUGACAAAUCAGCCAUGUUUCUCCUCGAACAUCACAGAGUUUAGCAAAACAGAAUAUCCCCUAGCGCAUCACGCCCGGGUGUUUAAUUUGCAUGCUGCUGUAGCAAUACGGCUCAGGAGUACAUACACGGGGGAUGCUGAUUUUGUUCUGGAGUUCUUCUUGCCCAUAAACUGCAAAGGACCAGAAGAUCAGAGAAAGAUGCUCGACUCAUUAUCAUCUGUAGUGGAACGAACAUGCCAGAGCUUACGUGUAGUAACAGACCAGGAGUUGGCCCGGGAAACAUCGGAUAGAGAAACAAGCAGCACUCUAUCCAAUGGAAAAAGGCCAAGGUUGGAAGAUAUUCCCUCGAAAGAAGCACCUUCACCCUGGAUUACACAAAUGAUGGAGCCCCAGCACAAGGGCAAAGGAGUUGCUGUUGCUUUGGGUUAUGAGAAGGAGGAACCAGGAGAGUUCAUCGUGACAACCCAAUGGGAUAAGCAGGGUGUAGAGUUCCAUCAAGCGCCAACUUUUCUGGAGCACGACCAACACCAUCAGCAGGACUCUGGAUCGAAAGAUGGCAGUGGUAGUUUCUUCAUUACGAGCAGAACUCUUCCAGCUGGUCCUAAAACAAACACAGAAAAGAGAAGGACAAAGACUGAGAAGACUAUAAGUUUGCAAGUACUUAGGCAAUAUUUUGCUGGGAGUCUAAAAGAUGCUGCCAAGAACAUUGGAGUGUGUCCAACUACCUUGAAAAGGAUAUGCAGGCAUCAUGGGAUAACCCGAUGGCCUUCUCGAAAGAUCAAGAAAGUUGGCCACUCAUUGAGGAAACUUCAACUUGUGAUUGACUCAGUCCAGGGCACUGAGGGUUCCAUUCAGUUAAGUUCAUUCUACAACAACUUUCCAGAACUCGGCUCUCCAAAUGUACCAGAAACGAGCCACUUGCCAACAUCUACAGUGGGUGGUGAGCUGCAGCAAGUAAACAAUCAACCCGAGGGUACUUUGUUAAGCCCUGGAACUACUUCCUCUGGCAGCCACAGUUCCAGUUCAAGUUACUGCUGUUCUACUGGGGUGAAGCAGUCGUCUUUCCCAGUCAACGGCUCCAGCAGUGGUGAUGCUUUAUCAGCAGAACAAAAUGAAGGGAUGCUCAAAAGAGCACGGAGUGAUGCAGAAUUGCAUCAGUUGAGCCAAGAGGACUCAAAGCUUCUCGUUCGAUCAUACAGCCAGAAGAUUUUCAGUGACCAUGCCUCAAAUGAGGCUCCACCUGUGCCAAAAACUAGCAGCAAGGUUCAAGAGGUGGGAUAUUUUAGAGUAAAAGCUUCUUUGGGUGACGAGAAGAUUCGUCUCACUCUGCAACCACACUGGGGAUUCAGAGAGUUGCAGCAAGAGGUGUUGAGGCGUUUCAACAUUGACAAUGGCAGUAGAGUUGAUCUGAAAUAUUUGGAUGACGACUCUGAAUGGGUGCUCUUAACCUGCGAUGCUGAUCUUGAAGAAUGUAAAGAUAUACACACGUUGAUGAAGAGUGGAACAAUUAGACUCUCCCUAAAUCAAGCAUAUUAUCAUCCUAGUAUUGGAAGCUCAUUUGGUAGUAAUGGCCCCUUCUGAAGUUUUUCUUACCAUGAAUAAGAGACGACAACCAAGGAUGGGUGUAACAGGCUGUAAUAGUAGGAAUGCAUACAGAAUGGCAACUAUUUCAUGGCCAUUUAGUAUUCUGUAGACUAGUUAAGUGAGAUAGUGAUGCUAGAUAUUCACUAUCUCUCAGAGUGACAUGACUGUUUUUUCGUACAAUAUUUCCUUCUGGUUAUUUUUUAAGCAGUGCAAUUGAUACUUCUGUACCAUAAUAUGUACAAAGAGUUUCUCAUGGAUUUAUUUGAAACCUGUGCACAUUCUGUUA